GUGCCGGGGCCGGGGAGGUGGGGGGGGACGGACGUGCCCGCCCGCCCGCCCUCGGAGGGGUGCGGCAUGGCGGAGAGCGGCGCCUGGCUGCUGGUGCUGAGCUCUGUCUUCCUCUGCAACGCGCUCAAGAUCCUCCUGCCCUCCUGCUCCUCCAUCAUAUCCAGAUUGUUACAAAAGGAUGCAGAGCAGGAGUCCCAAAUGAGAGCUGAAAUUCAGAACAUGAAACAAGAACUCUCAACUAUUAGUAUGAUGGAUGAGUUUGCUAGAUAUGCCCGUCUGGAAAGAAAAAUUAACAAAAUGACUGACAAGCUUAAAACUCAUGUGAAAGCACGAACUGCCCAAUUAGCCAAAAUAAAGUGGGUUAUAAAUAUUGUAUUCUACAUCUUACAAGCGGCGUUGAUGAUCUCUCUGAUUUGGAAGUACUAUUCUGAGCCAGUUACAGUGCUUCCAAGCAAAUGGCUUGCUCCGCUGGAGCGCCUGGUAGCCUUUCCUACGGGGGUGGCAGGUGGUGUUGGAAUUACGUGUUGGCUUGUGGUUUGUAAUAAAGUUGUAGCUAUCAUGCUACACCCUUUCAGCUGAAGGAAUCCCAGUCAUCCGUGGAGUCCUCAAAUACAUUUUUGUUAUCACUGUUUUAAACAAAUAAAAACAAAAAAAGGAACAGUUGUCUUCCAUGAGACUAGGUCCGAGAUAAUAUUUGUUACUUCAUUUGGAUAUCAGUCAGUAUUCCUUUUGAUUUAUAUUAUUUUUCCUUCAUUUGUAUUUCAGUUUGGUGGUCAGUUUUCAAAGAAUAGCAUUGCUGUUUCAGAACUUUAUUUUGUGUCUAUUUUGACAAGUAUGAACACCGAUUCAUGGCAGAACCGCAAGGCAUAGUCACCAAAAUCUAAAAGUGUUGGAUUUGCGUUUUUAAGUUGGAAAUGCACUGGCAUUAGGAAUUUUUGUGAGCUUUGCUGUUUCUUUGCUGUAUAAUAUGGAAGUCUCACCCGAAGGUGGGAUUAUAUUUGGUGACAAGUGGUUCUAGAGGACAGAGGUAGGUGUUUUGUUUGGCUUAAAGGGAAUUUGUUUCUUCCUUAUUAUUUUUUUACACUAGAAUUGGUAUAUUCUUGGGCUGUCUUAGAAAAUGCAUUAUUGAUAUAUAUGCAGAAUGAACCUUUUAUCUCUUAAGAGACUCACUCGAUUGCCAAAUAAAGGAUGGCUGGAUACUUUUUCUUCCCUGACUUUUAAAAUUCAUUGAACACUUGAUUUUUUUUCCUGCUUUUAUUGAUAACUGGCCUUUCCUUCCUUGAUAUUUUCUCUGCUUCACAAACUGAAUGAGGAUCACUGAAACUAUUGCCUUCCAUGUUUUGGGAGGAAAGGUCUGGCCAUCCUUCUCAAGCUCCACAUUAAGAAAGAGGAAGUAGAAGACAGUGCUGUUCCUUCAGAGGACAACAUUCCUAGGGCUUUAGCAUACAUUAAUGACAGUCCAGGAUAGCCCAAAACAGCUGUGUAAAUGUAAAAAGGCAAAUUAGUGAUUUAAAUGUCUGAAAUAGUAACAGAACGGUAGCAAGCAGGAAGAAGAGGGAAAACAAUUUUCUGUUUUGGCCUAAAUCCUUCUUGCUGUAUUUAAGUACAGGAAACAGGCACAGUAUUUUGAAUUUAAAAGCGGACAGAAUUCUUCCUAGUACCGUGCCUGUAGACCAGUGACAGUUACAUUAUUUUCCAUGCUACAGUGAUAUCUGCAACCCUGUCAUUGCUGCCCCGUAAAGCAAAUGAGUGGGUUUAUAAAGUUCUUGUUCCACAUCAGCUCUUUUUUUGACCUGAGCCUGAACAAAGCUGUAGGGGACACCUUUCCCUCUUCUGCUGGGCUUUGGCGAUUCUGGUUCUGCUUCCCACUCUGUACAGUGGGAUGCAUUUGUUAUGUUAUCUCAGGUCCUUUGCCUUCCUGCAGGAAUGAAAGAAGGGACUAGGGCCCCUCCAUAGUUAGCACUGCCUUUAGAAGGUCAUGAUACAUUGUGUGUAUAUAUGUAUGAAAUGUUGGGGUUUUUUUUAAUGUUAAUUUAAAAAAAAAUUGCUUUUAUAUUAAGUGUUCCAUUUAGCCAACAUGAAAGUGGAUGCAUUAUCAUCAAGAAAAAAAUGCCGUGACUGAAUGUUAUGUAUAAUCAUGUUUUUGUUAACAAAAUAAAGCUUUUCAACCCAUCUCAGGUUUUCUACUU